AUGACAAAACGAUCUCUACUCUCAGACAUCUCUAAGAUCUUUGAUCCUCUGGGCUGGCUGACUCCGAUGACGCUUCCGUUGAAACUCAUCAUGCAAUCCUCUUGGUCGCGGGGAAUCAAUUGGGACGACAAACUCCCCGAUGAUAUGAUGGAGACGUUUCUAAGGUGGAGGACUAAAGUUCACAAUGUGGAGAAUUUUGACAUACCGAGACAUGUUGUGGAGGACAGUUUUGAGCUUCAUUUGUUUUGUGACGCAUCAGAAACCGCAUACGCCAGUUGUAUCUACGUCAGGAACAUAAAGACGAAAUCAACCAAUCUUUUUGUGGCUAAAUCAAGAGUGGCACCUUUGAAACCGUUGACGAUCCCCAAAUUGGAAUUGUGUGCAGCUGUGCUAGGAUGCAAGUUGCUGGACCAUACGAGGAAAGCACUUCAAAAGAUAGGACGGAAUCCGAAGGAAGUUUUCGGUUGGACAGAUGCCACGAUUGUACUUUGUUGGAUCAACGAGACCCCAAACGUCUGGAACACUUUUGUUCGCAACCGAGUGCAUGAAGUACAGGAGGUUUUGAAACCAGUCAACUGGCGACAUGUACGAAGUGAGGAAAACCCAGCGGAUGCUGCAACUCGUGGACUCGAUGCAAUGACGCUGAAAAACUCUUCACUGUGGUGGCAUGGACCGAGCUGGCUCUCCGAACUUCGGAUUCCAGACCAACCAAAGCUAACAAAAGUUGGUUCUGAAAGAAAGAAAAACGCAGUUGUCAACAGCUGCCAAUUGGUCAAGCCUUCUUUGGACGCACUAUUAGAUCUGGAAAAAUUCAGCAGUCUAGAGAAGUGCAUUCGUGUACUGUGCUAUGUUGCCUUUUUUGCACAUCGAAACCAGAAGCACCCAGAAGAUGGCAGUUACGUUCAUCCAACUUCUUUGACGAAUAGACGCAACGCCCUUCUGAAGCUAAUACGAAACGAACAAACUAAGUUCUUCAGUGAUGAACUAAGGGCAUUGAAUGCUGGCGAAUCAGUUGCGAAGAAAAGCCAUCUUCUGCGACUAUACCCCCUCGUUGAUGACGGACUCAUCAAGGUGGGCGGGAGACUGAGUCAGAACCAAACUCUCGCAGAUGAUCAGCGCAACCAAAUCGUGAUACCCAAGAAAAGUCGACUGGCCAAACUCAUCCUGCAGGACAUUCAUCUGAAGUAUUUUCAUGCUCCCGCAAAUACGAUCCUUGCUGAACUUCGACGACAUUUCUGGAUUGUGGACGCGCAAUCAGCAAUUCGUCACCUCAUACGAAACUGUGUGAAGUGCCAACGAUUCAACGCACGAUCAAAUCCACCAUUGAUGGGAGACCUACCCAAAGAACGAAUAACGCCUUCGCCUCCAUUCACUCACACUGGCGUGGACUUUGCUGGUCCUUUUGUGACACUGAAUGGCAAACAGCUGUCAAAGUCAUAUUUGGCUUUGUUUGUUUGCUUCACAACAAAGGCCAUACAUUUGGAGCUAACAUCGGGUUUGUCCUCCCAGUCUUGUACUGCUGCCUUGAGACGAUUUUGUGCUAGACGUGGUGCUCCAGCAAGGAUGUACUCAGACAAUGGACUGAACUUUGUUGGAACCAAAAAUGAACUAAGGCAACUGCAAAUGAACCUAACCAAGAAGUUCGGAACACAAUCAAUGCCAAGUGCCGCAGAUGAGAUUGGAAUCACUUGGACAAUGAUUCCACCAGGAGCUCCUCACUUUGGUGGACUUUGGGAAUCGGGCGUGAAACUUGCGAAAUCACAUCUGCGAAGAGUCAUGGGGAACAAUGUUUUGACAUACGAGGAACUUUCUACUCUACUAUGCGACAUUGAAGCAAUCCUCAACUCCCGACCACUCCUCCCGAUUUCGACCGACGUUCUGGACCUACGAACCCUAACACCAGCUAUGAUGGUGACAGGGAAAGAAAUGCAGUACCUGCCAAUACCAGUGCCCCCACUGACGACAAGUACACUCCAGCCCUUUGAAACUCAUCCAGCCAAACGCUGGGCACAUAUGCAGAAACUCAUUGGAGUUUUCUGGAAGCGAUGGAGCAAGGAGUACUUGUCUUCUCUGCAGCCACGGAAGAAGUGGACUUCAAAACAACGAAAUUUUGAAGUUGGUGAUGUUGUGCUCCUGAUGGACGAAAACCAACCCCCCUUACAAUGGCCAUUAGCUCGGGUUGUGGAAGUCUACCUUGGGAGAGACAGCCAAUGUCGAUCAGCUAAGGUCAGAACCGCGAGAGGCUGCUACGUCCGGCCUUGCAUAAAACUAAGGAAACUCCCUGUCAGUGUUGAAUGA